CCUCGAUCCGCCCUGCGCUGAGGCUCGCCCGACGCCGGAGCGGCGUCCCAGGGCGCAUGCGCAGAAGCUGCACCUAGCGGGUAUCGGCCAUGGCCGAGUGGACGCCUGCCCAGGCGUGGGAAUGGGAGGUGGAGCCUCAGCACCUGGCGCCUUUCCAACCUCCCGCCAUUUUCGACCAAUCAGCCGAGCGAGAGAUCUACCCGGCGGCUGAGAUCUCCCUCUGGACGGUGGUGGCUGCUCUCCAAGCGGUGGAGAGGAAGGUGGACACAUCAGCAGCUCGCCUGCUCAACCUCGAAAGCCGCACGGCCACUGCCGAGAAGAAGAUCUUCGAGUGCGAGAAGACAGAACUAGAAUUCAGCAGCCACCUGGCGGCUUUGGGCACCUUGAUCCAGGAAUACCGGGUGCUCCAACGGCGCCUGGAGAACGUGGAGAACCUCCUGAAGAACCGCAACUUCUGGAUUCUCAGGCUCCCCCUCGGUCCGAAGGGGGAGAUCCCCAAGGUCCCUGUGACGUUUGACGAGGAGCAAGCGGUCCAUUUUUCCACACCGGAAUGGGCCAAACUGGAAGACUGGCAGAAGGAACUCUACCGAAACAUCACAAGAGGAAGCUACGAGCCGCUGGUCUCUCUCGACUCUGCCAUCGCCAAAGCUGACGUCCUUCCCCCUCAGGCAGGUCUGGGGGCAGCACCCCACAUUGCGGAUCAGCCCUCGGCGGGGGAAAAGGAAUUCCCCCCGGCGCCCAAACUAGCAGAACCAUUGACUUCCAAAGACGAUCUCUUGUCCUGGAUUAAGCAGGAGGAAUCUCCCGGUCCUGGGAAAUGGAAUCUGGAGAGAGAGAUCCCUGCCACCCUCGGCUACGACGAGAGCACCAGAAUCAAAAGCGAGGAACAGAAGCUCCAAGAAAGUUUGAAACAGGCUUUGCCUGUCCGGCACCAUGCAGCACCCAGCGACGAGGUCUUCCAGACCUCCAGAUGUUGCCAGAGGCAAAGCUGCCCUCCGGGUCAACCUGCCCCUCCUCCUCAAAAGCCACCAGAGGAGCUACCCCACCCCAGUGAGAGAACCUGUCCUGAACCCGAGGCCGCCCCGCCAGCAACCUGCUUGAAGGAAGGCCAGCUGAAAUGUUUCAAGGGUCUGGAUGAGCUUUCCUUGCCCCCAAGGAUUCCCGCAGGAGAGGAAGUGUACGGGGAAGGGGUCAUGCCAGUGACCGAAUCCGGUGUCCCCCAGGUCCCUGAGCCCUACCUGUGCCCAGAGAAUAACAACAACUUCAGCAAUGUGGCUGUCUCCGAAACAGCCGGCCGGCCACACGCCUGCUCCCUCUGCCCGAAGAGUUUCCGGCUGAAGACCAGCCUGCUUAUCCACCAGAAGACCCACGCUGUGGGGAAGAGUGACAGCCCCUUUGUGUGCUCUGAAUGUGGCUGCGGCUUCAGCCACCAGGCCCAGCUGACUCGGCACCAGGCCAUCCACGCCGACCGGCCGCACCAGUGUUCGGAAUGCCACAAAGCCUUCAACCGCAAGUCCAGCCUGGUGGUCCACCAGAAGACGCACCGCGAGCGACCGCGCCCUUUCCAGUGUCCUCAGUGCAGCAAGACUUUCAUCCGGAAACAGCACCUGGACGAUCACACCCGCACCCACACGGGGGAAAAGCCCUACCAAUGUCCCGAGUGCGAGAAGCGUUUCGCAGAGAAGUCCAAACUGACUAACCACUACCGGAUCCACACUGGGGAACGGCCAUACCGCUGCGGGCAAUGUGACAAGCGCUUUGUGCGUGCCCACCACUUGGUCAAGCACCAAAGCAGCGUCCACCAAGCUGGAGCUAAGCUGUUCUCCUGUCGUGAGUGUGGACAGAGUUUCAGCCAUGCCCAAGCCUUCCUCAGCCACCAGGCCAGCCAUGCCAAUGGCGAGAGGCGCCACCGCUGCACCGAGUGCCUCAAGACCUUUGCUCGCAGGAAGUACCUCCUGGAACACCAGCGCAUGCACACGGGAGAGAACCCAUACGCCUGCCCACACUGCGGCAAGCACUUCCGAUACAAGCAGUCACUAAAGCAGCAUCUGCGCACGCACCGGGAGCAACCACCACCACCACCAUCUGGGCCUGCUGUGCCACCAAGCCUGCCAGUCACUAACCCCCUGGAGAAAGACCCUCUCUUUGAGGCCAACCCACCCAGUGGGACCUGAAGCUAGGCCGCAAGUGGUCUUUUGUGCCAAAUGAACCACUGGGCUACAAUUGGCCUGUGGAUAGGCCAGCUGAGAUCUUCGCUGCCUUGCAUGGGGUGGCUCCAAUGCUUCUUCUCCCCCCACAUGGAGAGGCUUUCUUCUUGCUUGCUGGUCAGGACCAUGUGGGGCAGACUCUAGUCCUGUGUAAUAAGCCCAGCUCCCUGCGAUCAGAACACACCGAUUGUCUGAAAUAUUUCUUUGAUGGAGACAGCUGACGAAAGACUCUCGCCGUCCUGCAUUGCAGUCUGAGGAGCUGCAAGUCCUGGUCAAACUGGGGAAAAAUGCGCCUAAAUUGUGAUCAUGUCCACUUACCUUCUUGGUUCCAUUAGCCGGUCCAGUACUGGAGGCCAGCCUGCUGGAGUCAAAAGGGCUGCACCCCAAGGCCACGGUUCCCCCGCCUGCAGGGAGAAAAAAACAGACCCCAAGAUUGCCGUGCAUGACUGUGGUUUUCUGGCCUCGCCCUCCAUGCACUUAGCUAGAUGAUCAGAGAAGCGUUUGAAAGCACUUUGUGUGCAGCGGGUACAAAAAACAGCCCGAAAGUUAGAAUUGACUGCCACCUGCCUCUUGUCUCCGGAGGGCCACGCAAGGCAGCUGUCCGUGGCCAAAAUUCUUAACAGUUCCACACACUCGGUCUACAGGAGCUGCCCACUCCUCAAAGAUACCCUUCCUUAUUUUGCUGCUGUUGAUCAAAAGCUGCAUUGUCUGGUUUACCAGUUUUCUGCCAGUGUCAACCUAUGCCAAGAAGCUCUUUUGCUGAAGGCUCGGCUGCGGUUUUCCAUGUGGUCCGUUUAUCGCCGAGACUCUGAUGCCAGUUCUUAUGCCCUCCCUGCCUGUUCAGACAGUGACAUGAAAUCACGAGUUUUGCUCUGUCUCUUCAAAUUUGUCACCAAGAGGCUGUACCCUUCACAUCACUCUCCUGCCCUGAAAAUGCCCCCCCCCAAAAGAAAGAAGACUUGGUAAGCGGCCCUAAAAUCAUGGCCAUAAGCCGAGACCUCAAGCCCAUUUCCACACCAGGUUCUCACUACUUUAAAUCCAAUUGUACAACAAGUAGUUCUCAAUUUACAACAGGACUACCUGUAUUACUCUUUAAUACAGGUAGUCUUCAACAUACAGUUCAUUUAGUGACUGUUCAAAAUUGCAAUAGCAUGAGAAAAGUGACUUAUUACUGUUUUUCACACAUACAACCGUUGCAGCAUUCUCGGAGUCACCUGAUCCAAAAUUUAGGCAUUUGGAAACUGGCAUGUACUUAUAAUAGUUGCAGUGUCCCUUGAUCAUGUAAUCCCCUUUUGUAACCUUCCGACAAGCAAGGUCAACGGGGAAGCCACAUUCACUUAACAAGUGUGACUAACUUAGCAACUGCAUUGAUUUACUUAACGACCAUGGCAAGAAAGGUCGUAACAUGGGGUGGAAAUGUAAAUCGGGGGAAAAGUCUGCAUCCCCUAGUGCAGGAGUGGGCAAAUGUGACUCUUUUACAAUCUGUGGACUUCAACUCUCAGAAUUCUGGGACUUUUACAGGUUGUAAAAGAGCCACAUUUGCCCACCCCUGCACUAGUGGUAUCUUGCAAAGUGAUAAGUGGUUCUGAAAUUGCGUGCAAGCAUGCUGGAUUGUCCAUUCGAUACUCUGAAAUGUUAUCGGCCCCCAUUCUCGCCUCAUUCCAAGGCACCACAACUGUGUAGACACUAUGUAUGUGGGGGGGGGGAGCGCUCUGCCAAUUCCAUCCCUCCACCUACCAAUUGCUAGCAAGCCUAUCCCUGCUCCAUUCUAUGUCUGUUGGCCAAAACAAGUGAGGCAUGGCUUCCUAAAGCCCAAUACAGGUAGUUCUUCGCUUACGACAAGUCACUUAGUAGCCAUUUGGAGUCGCUACCAGCCUUGAAAAGAGGACUUGCAACUCCGAUCCGAAGUUCCGGCAAUUGCCCUCUUGUAUGGUCACAUCAUCAUGCGUCAGGUCAUUGACAAUACGGCCACAUUCGCAGCCAUUUUGCAGCAUCUCGCGGACACAUGACUGCGUUCGGCAAAGGUUUUAUUGAACAUUGAUACUUAAUUUCUGCUUUUCGGCAAAACAGCACUGUGGCAAACGAGGGGUUCACUUAUUGACUGCAGUGAUAGGCCGUACUGACUUGACCAAAUAAAUUGUGCUACAUGUGAUACCAAA